CAAGCAUGUCGCAGGCGCCGCCCUUCCUGCCCCAGCUCGUGUCAGAUGGCGACGUCGCCGGCCUGAUGAUGGACGGUGGCGGGUACGCCGUCCUAGACCAGCUGGUGCCGGAGUUUCUAGGCGCCUCUUCAUACCCCGGCCACAGCGCCGCCGGCGGCGGUGUGCUAGGGCCCAUCACUUGUGUCGGGGCCGAGGUCCCCGUCCCAGUGGGCCCAUAUCGAGCGGCCAGCUUUUAGCGCCAAACACAAUCUGGGAUGGCUGGCGGUAGACUAUUGCCUUUUACGGAAAAUAAGGAUCAUGUGGUGUUCAUUUGGGCUUGCAUCUUGUUUUGUUUUUUGACCCGCAUAUACGAACGAACUAAAACCCCGCUCCUGAACUUACCCCAAUCGAGAUCUCACCCGACGCGGCAGGUAGUCAAAGUCUGUUUAUCCGACCGACUGACUGACUGACUUGCAUCUCUGUCGAUUAUUCCCCCCCCACCUUUUGCACUCACUUCCUCAUUGCUGCUAUUUAUUCUCACACUUGAUGGACGGUUUCAUGAUUUUAUCUGGUUGUUUGUGUUUGAUUUCCCCCACUUUUAAUAUAGUAUAGACACAUAUCUGCUUGAUAGGAGGUUUCCCAAUACCCAUACCCAUACCCUUUACCCGUUGUUUU